GCCGUCUUCACCUGCAACAUCGCCAUCCGGGCCAAUUGCCUUGCCUUUGCCUCCUCUGCGUCUUGUGAUUGCUCAGCCAUGUCGAGCUUCUCCAAGGUCUUCCUGCGCACGUCGCGCGCGGCCUUCCAGUACCAGCGUGGCGCCUCGCCGGUGCAGAAUGCUCUGGGUGCGCAGGGCACCAGCAGGUGGAUGAACGGCGUCCGCAACUAUGCUGCCUUUACACGAGACAAGCCGCACGUCAACAUUGGCACCAUUGGCCACGUCGACCACGGAAAGACGACCCUCACAGCCGCCAUCACCAAGCGACAAGCCGAAAAGGGCUAUGCCAAGUACCUCGACUACGGCUCCAUUGACAAGGCCCCCGAAGAGCGCAAGCGUGGUAUCACCAUUUCGACAGCCCACAUUGAGUACCAGACGGACAACCGCCACUAUGCCCACGUCGACUGCCCUGGCCACGCCGAUUACAUCAAGAACAUGAUCACGGGUGCGGCCAACAUGGAUGGCGCCAUCAUUGUCGUCGCUGCGUCAGACGGCCAAAUGCCCCAGACCCGUGAGCACUUGCUGCUGGCCCGCCAGGUCGGUGUCCAGAAGAUUGUCGUCUUCGUCAACAAGGUCGACGCAGUCGAGGACAAGGAGAUGUUGGAGCUUGUCGAGAUGGAGAUGCGCGAGCUGCUUAGCAGCUAUGGCUUUGAGGGCGAUGAAACCCCCAUUGUCAUGGGCUCUGCUCUGUGCGCCAUCGAGGGCCGUCAGCCGGAAAUUGGUGUCGAACGUAUUGACGAGCUGCUCGAGGCCGUCGACACAUGGAUCCCGACGCCCCAGCGCGAUACGGACAAGCCGUUCCUGAUGGCCGUCGAGGACGUCUUCUCCAUUGCUGGCCGUGGUACCGUUGUCUCGGGCCGUGUCGAAAGAGGUAUCUUGAAGCGCGACGCCGAAGUCGAGCUAGUGGGCAAGGGCACCGCGCCCAUCAAGACAAAGGUCACGGACAUUGAGACGUUCAAGAAGUCGUGCGAAGAGUCCCGCGCCGGUGACAACUCUGGUCUCCUCCUCCGUGGUGUCAAGCGAGACGACGUGCGCCGCGGCAUGGUGGUUUCAGUGCCUGGACAAGUCAAGGCACACAAGAAGUUCCUCGUGUCCAUGUAUGUACUGAGCAAGGAGGAAGGCGGCCGCCACACGGGCUUCGGCGAGAACUACAGGCCGCAAAUGUUCAUCCGCACUGCUGAUGAGUCGUGUGCGCUGCACUGGCCAGAAGGCACUCCAGAUGCCCACGACAAGCUCGUCAUGCCUGGCGACAACGUUGAGAUGGUUUGUGAGCUUCACGUGCCACACGUUUUGGAGCCUGGCCAGCGCUUCAACAUGCGUGAGGGUGGCCGCACUGUCGCCACGGGCUUGGUGACGCGUGUUUUGGAGUAGAUUACAGUAGGCUGGCCCGCUAGGGCCCCGGAGCAUGAUGUGAGCAUACGCCGACGAGAGGCCAAGGGAGGGCUAUCUGUAUAGUAGCAUGUGUGUCGGACAUAUCUCUGCUCUCCACUUCUCAUUUGACCUUCAUCAUAUACUUUAGCAGCACGCGCAAAACGGAUCUAGAUGGGGG